AUGCCUGCCCAGCCGCUGUUGCGCCCAGGCAGGGCCCAGGGGUCAGGAGCUCUGGGGAGGCUGGCGGAACACAUUCCAGAACCGGCUGCCCAGGGGCCCAUCCCUGCCACGGAACUUGUCACAGCUGCUGUCUUCUCUAUGGGGCCCGAGGACGGGACCAAGUGCUGGUGCUGUGGCCUGGAGCCCAGCCGCUGUGCAGCUGGCGGCCGCCCCACUUGGGGGCACCACCGACCCCGCUCUCCGUGUGGCCACCUUCAGGGCCAGCGCCCCGACAGUGCCCUGUCCUGGGGAGGCCAGGACCACAUGGACGGGCAGAUCCUGGGCCAGCUGCGCCCCCUGGCAGAGGAGGAGGAGGAAGAUGGGGCCGGGGACGCCCCAUCCGCGAGGCCUGCCUUCCCGGGCAUGGGCUCUGAGGAAAUGCGGCUGGCCUCCUUCUACGACUGGCCGCUGAGCGCCGUGGUGCCGCCGGAGCUGCUGGCCGCCGCUGGCUUCUUCCACACCGGCCAGCAGGACAAGGUGAGGUGUUUCUCCUGCUACGGGGGUCUGCAGAGCUGGGAGCAAGGCGACGACCCCUGGACCGAGCAUGCCAGGUGGUUCCCCAGGUGUGAGUUCCUGCUCCGGACAAAAGGAAGGGACUUUGUCUGCAGGGUCCAGGAGUCUCGUUGCCGCGUGCCGGGCUCCUGGGACCGUUCAGAGGAACCAGAAGACGCAGGUCCUGCCACCCCCUCAGCUCCCGUCCACCCAGGGCCCGAGCUGCCCACGCCCAGCAGAGAGGCCCAGGUGGAAGGCGCCAGGGAGGCAGGUGGAGCCCAGGCCGAGAGGGUGCCGGUGGCUCUCGAAGCCCCAGGAGCCCGGGAUGCGGAUGUGGAGGAGCAGCUGCGGCGCCUGCGGGAGGAGCGGACGUGCAGGGUGUGCUUGGACCGCGCCGUGGCCGUCGUCUUCGUGCCCUGCGGCCACCUGGCCUGUGCCGAGUGCGCGCCCAGCCUGCAGCCGUGCCCCAUCUGCAGGGCCCCCAUCCGCAGCUGCGUGCGCACCUUCCUGUCCUAG